UUAUUCAAUUACGGCCCAAAGGAGAGCGGGUUGAAACCCAUUUCCUUUUAUUUUUAUUUUUAUAAAAACCCAUCUCCAUCGCAUCUUAGUUAGGGUUUUAUCCAUACACAAACGGCUCAGAGAGGACGCAGCAGCAGGUUACAGCAAUAUAAUGGCUUUGUUUGGUAGACUCGGGAACUUGCUUAAACAUGCAGUGAAUAGGCAAAUAAUUAGUUCAGAAAUCCGUUCUCGUUUCCUGGCUACACGAUCCAUCAAUAAAGCGGCAUCUGCUCCUACCUCAAUGCUCUUUGUAGGAGGCAUUUCACCUACUACUACUGAUCGUCAUUUGGAUGAUGCCUUCUCAAUACACGGUGAUGUUUAUUUAGCAACGGUAAAGCACACAAAAGUUGAUGGUAAACCCAGACAAUUUGGCCUUGUCGCGUUCACUACAGUUGAGUGCGCAACAAGGGCGCUUCAGGCGUUAAAUGGUCAGGUCCUGCAGGGUAGACGACUCAGGAUAAAUUACACUAAAAAUAGCCAUUCAUAUAUGGAUGGUCAUCAUUAUGAUCCUCCAUGUAGUUGCCAUCUGUGUGAAUUUUCUGACAAUUUCACCCUUCCUACUGACGGUAUAAGUAGUUACAGAAGCAAAAUGAAGAAAGUGAAUUAUGGGUGCGGUGAUGGUCUUGUCCUUCAUCAAAUUAUUCACUCUUUCGGUGAUGAAACUUCUCCUGGUUCCGUUGCUAGUCGUUUUGUAAUUGCUGUAAAGGCCUCGGAUAGUAGUAGUGGUGGUACAACAUGUAUUGGUAACAACUCAAAUGGUGGACAUGAUGGAACUUGGGGGUUGGAACAUGGGAGAGCAUGAGGAUUUGGGAGAUUUUGAAGACUCAUUGGAAUGAAAUUUCAAGGAUGAUUAAUGAAAUUAUGUAAUUUUGUCUCGUAGAAGUGUAAUAAUAUUUAUUGGUAUUUUUAUUUGAGGAGGGCUCAAAUUACUUCAGGAGUAACUUUAAUGAGUUUCUCCCCUUCCUAACCCUCCAUUCUAUUUUAAUUAAACGGUUGUGAUUAAUGGAAAAUUGAUUGCUCA